AUGCCGCCUACAAACAAGGACGCCAACGCCAAUAAGCAGCCAAAGACAUCCAAGAACGGCAAGCCGAAGCAGCCCAACACAGUCGGUGUGAGUUUCGUGCUGCGUCUGGUGCUUGGUCUGGCACCGGAGAAACGCGCUUCAUGUCAGCUUCUGCGUGAGAUCGUGAGCCUCGAGAAGAGCGGUCGUAUCGUGCUCACCUCGUCGAAUAAGGGCCUUCAGCAGGUUAUUGUGGGGUUUUCGCAAAAAAUGUAA